UUCAUUUCACUAAACCCCCCUGCCUCCUCUCUUCUCUCGUGGGAUUUUGGUCGAACAGGUGGCGCCUCCGCCAUGGCCUCCGCGGCGACGGCCUCCCUGUGCUGCCGCCUCGCCCGCCUCCCCGUAGCCCCCUACGCGGCCCGCCGCCCGCCGCCGCCCUCGGCGCGGUGCUCCGCCUCUUCCGCGGCGCAGAGCCCCGACGCGGUCGAGAGGGAGUACGCCGACCUCAACCUCCGCCCGCUCUACCCCAACAGGGGCCAUCACCUGCGCAUCCGGCAGCACGUCAACCCCCUCAGCUCCUCUUUCUCCGAGCCCACGGAGCCGCCCGAGUGGAAGGACGUGCUCAAGGAUCCCUUGCUGCCACUCAUGGUCGACAUUGGCUGCGGGAGUGGGAGGUUCUUGAUUUGGCUUGCCAAGAACUCCAGUGAAAGACGAAACUAUCUUGGCCUGGAGAUUAGGCAGAAGUUGGUGGAGCGGUCACAGUUCUGGGUAACCGAGUUGAGGCUUAGGAAUGUUUAUUUUAUGUUUGCGAACGCAACAGUGUCUUUCAACCAAAUUGUGUCAUCGUACCCUGGUCCCCUAUCACUUGUUUCUAUACUGUGCCCUGAUCCCCAUUUUAAGAAGAGACAUCACAAGAGAAGAGUUCUACAGCCGCAAUUAGUGGAUUCAAUCACAAAGAGCCUCUGUUUAGAUGGAAGGGUUCUUUUGCAAUCAGAUGUACUUGAAGUAGCUGCGGACAUGAGAGAAAGGUUUGAUGGAUACUCAGAUGUGUUUGAGCAUGUUGAUUGCAUCGAUAAAGAUCUUCGGUGUGAUAAUGAAGGAUGGCUUCUGGAUAACCCAAUGGGAAUACGAACAGAGAGAGAAAUCCAUGCGGAACUAGAAGGAGCAACCAUAUACAGGAGGAUGUACCAAAAAACCAGAAAUGUUCGUCACUAGAUUUUUAUCAGGUCAGUGGAUAAAUGAGUUGUCCAAGCUGAAAUGAAUUUCUGCUUGAAUCUUGCAUCACAGAUAGCAACAACCAUCUUUCACCUCCACUGUCUAUUACUAGAGCAAGUUGUCAUUCGCUAUUUUUUGCGUUGUCAGAUGUGAUGGGUGAAACCUGCCAAUGGUUUGCAUCUCUCCAAUGCUUCGCCCGGAUGUUUUCUGUCAGAUCAUUUUUUCUACUUGAGAACAGCUCUAUGGUACACUGUAGCAGGGUAGUUCAUUUGUGCCGUUUAUCAUGCGUAUAUCUGAUAUCUGCUAAUCUGUGAUCAUGAGAAGCAUUAGGUUAGGGUCCUUCUCUAGGUAUGAAAAAAUGUAUAUGUCCUGGCAGCCAUGGUGGUAACUGUUUGAUUACGAGGAAAUUUAGAAGUGGCCAUUUUGGAGAUGCAACUGAAAACGAACGGUGGUAGAAACUUAGAAUAGGAAAGAAAUUGGCUCUCAUUGGUGAUAAUAGAAGAGAAUGAUGGUCAGGAACUCAGGAUAUUUAACAUUACACCGGGUUGGAAGUGUAAAUCCCUGACUGUCGUAUGGCUUAUAACCUUGUGAAAUGUGAACGCAUAGUAUACUCUACAGAGUGAUAUCUUGCCAGCAAAGCUAUCAUGCAAGCUACGUGCCUGACAAUUUCUGAGAUUCAA